AUGAGCAGAGCUUCGAGAAGAACGAUUCCAGAGGUUGAAGCCAAUACUAUUCUUGAGCCAAAAAAAGAUGAUGUGAUAGACAUUGUGAGUACAACGAACAUUCCACUACUGGCAGACACAAAUUUGUCACCGUUUUUCAAAGCUGUACUAGGUCCAACUGAAGAAUUAAGCCCAAUACGGCUAGGUGAAGUUGAAGAUGUACCUAGCAGUGUAAUGUCAUAUAACGAGACGAAUGAUUUUGGCUUUUCCGAAUUUUCGAAUAUACUACUUACUCCUUCAUCCACAUUUAGUUUGUAUUUGGAUGAACCAGGGUUACGUCUUUUGAACUUCUUUGAGAAUAAGGUAGCAAAAAUCUUAUGUAUAAGUCCCGAAUCUUCCAAUUAUUUUUUGAAGACCUUUUUUUCAGUAGCAAUGACUGAAGAAAGUAUAAUGCAUGCAUUGGCAGCAUGGGGAGGAGUGUUUUCAGAAGGCCCAUCUAGUGAAUUGGUCAACUAUCAUAUGUCGCAAGCUACUAAAAUAGUACACGAAAAGCAUUUGACCAAUUCUAAACUGGACAAGUAUGGAUAUUACGUAGCCGUUUGUUACUUUUUAAUAGCAAUUGGUGUGGAGAUAUCUUCUGGGGAUGUUUCCAAAUGGUAUAAUCAUUUCAAUGCAUGUACAGAAUUGCUUCGGUCAUAUGGCGGGUUAGCAAAAUUUCUCAAAGAUUUUAAUUAUUCAAAUGAUGUGAAAUGGCUAAUUGCAAGCUUUCAAUUUCAUGAUAUUAUGUCGUCCGUAACUCUUUCAAGCGGAACGUCUUGCUCCAUGAAGAAUUAUAAUAACUUGUUUAAAAAUUAUAAUUUACUUGACAUUGGUGAUUAUGGAAUUGAUCCAUAUCAAGGAUGCAUGCAACCCAUAUAUUUAAUACUAGGUGAAAUUAUGAAUUCCUAUGUCGAAUUGAAGGAAGAAAGAAAAAACCUUAAAGCCAAUAUUCUACACUUAUCACUUGAAGACCCUAAUUCUUCUGAAAUAGAUGGACUCAUGCAACAGCGAAUUGAGCAUUACCAGCUUGUAAGUAACCAAUACGAUGAAUUGUUGAAUAAGGUUCAACUUGCAUGCCCUAAUGAAAAACAAAUAUCGCUGAUAAAAAAUAAUAAAGAAGAAUUAGAUUUGCAUUUAACCCUAUUUGAGCUUUACCGUCUUACAUGUCAAAUGUAUUUGCUACUCUACAUAAAGCAAACGCAACCUUCUUCUAGUGAAGUUCAAAUGUUACUAUUAACUUCAUUCACAUAUAUUAGUACUUUAGUAGAGUCGCCGAUGACAGCUUCAUUAUCUAUGCUGUUAUUAAUCUGCGGCAUAUCAUGUUGCAACCAAUCCGACAGAAACUAUAUUAGAGCGAAAUUCACUAAAAUUUAUAACAAACAUAAGGCUGGAAAUGUGAGAAGGGUCUGGGACAUCGUUGAGGAAAGCUGGCAUAGAAAUCCAGAUGGUAACAUUUGUAUUGAUUGGGUGGAAAUUUGCGAAGAAUACGACUGGAAAUUACCAGUUUGUUAA